AUGCUACUGAUAGCUCGACAGUUCAGCCAUCACUGGUGGCGCCACCGCCACCGUCCUCACGUCAGCCUCUCCCACGCUCCACUCUCACAGCUCAACUUCCACUCCGAAUCCGACGACUUCUUGCCGUGGCUGCAGCGCAAGUCCGGCACCGAAAUCUCCUCCGCGCUUUCGAUCGGGGAAUCGACUCACGGAAGAGCUCUGUUUGCUUCCAAAACCAUUAGAGCCGGAGAUUGCAUACUCAAGGUUCCGUACAGCGUUCAACUAGCUCCGGAUAAUCUUGCUCCGGAGUUGAGGGAUUUGAUUGGUGAUAGCGUCGGCGAUGUUGCUAAGGUCGCCGUUGUGAUUUUGUGUGAGCAGAAAAUGGGCCAGGGCUCUGAAUGGGCUCCUUACAUCAGCCGGCUUCCUCGCCUUGAGGAGAUGCAUAGCACAAUAUUUUGGAGCGAAGAUGAGUUGGAGAUGAUUCGACAGAGCUCUCUGUAUCAGGAGACUAUUAAUCAAAGAUCCUUUGUUGAAAAGGAAUAUUCGGCAAUUAGGACAGUUCUUGAGUGCUUUCCUGAAAUGUUCCAAAGUAUCACCUGCAAGGAAUUCAUGCAUGCAUAUGCUUUAGUUACUUCUCGAGCAUGGGGAAGCAAAAAGGGUUAUUCCCUGAUUCCUGUUGCAGAUUUUUUGAACCAUGAUGGGACUUCAGAGUCAAUUGUGCUGAGUGAUGAUGACAAACAUUUCUCAGAGGUGAUUGCUGAUCGUAAUUAUACUCAAGGUGAACAGGUGCUGAUAAGAUAUGGCAAAUUUUCAAAUGCUACCCUACUGUUGGACUUUGGGUUUACACUUCCAUACAACAUUCACGACCAGGUCCGGAUCCAGGUAAACAGACCUCAUCAUGAUGCUCUUUGUGAUUUGAAGUUGGAACUUUUGAAGAGACAUCACAGACCAAUCAACAAUGACGUCAACGGUUUCAACUCUUCAGUGGAUUGUUUCACAAUCAAGGAAGUGAGAUCUGGUAGUGAAAAAGGGAAAGGAAUUCCACAUUCACUUCGUGCAUUUGCUCGUGUCCUACGUUGUACCUCUUGUGAAGAGCUUAGUGACCUGGCCAAUGAAGCAGCAGAACAUGAUGGUCGAUUGGCUCGGCGUCCUUUAACUAACAGAAGCAGAGAGAUUGAAGCACAUCAGAUGUUGAUGGAAGUAUUAACCCAAUUGGCUGAGGAUUGUGAUGCAUCUAUUAAGUCUCUAGGACCCGUAAGUUCUCCUGCCAUGUGUGAAAGGCUCUCUCUCCGGACACAAAUGGCUCGCGAUCUCCUUAAUGGUGAGAUUCGUAUCCUCAAUUCCGCGCGUGCAUGGCUUUUACACUACUGCACAACCUUGAUUGCGACAAACUGCCAUCAAUGAUGCUUUACAAAGCUACCAAAGAAGCAGGAACCGAGAGGUGCUUUUACAGGAGACUGGGACACCCAUCAAAUUGUGGCUCUUACCGUCAAAAGUUGAAGCCUGGGCAUGUCUGAUCUGUCACAAGUAGA